GCCAUCAGCACCAUCUUCUCCUGAUUUUCUCUCUGUCUUUUAUCGGGAUACGGGGCCAUUGAGGAAUUAACCAUUAUCGUUUCUCUUUCUAUUUUAUCCCUUGUUUCUUUCCUUCUAGUUUCUUCGUUCAUUUCCCCCCCCUCCAGGUAGUGUUCUAGAUUCUCUGCGGGACGGAGACCACCCGUUUCUAUACCAACCGAUUACGCCCGCCGAGUUCUUCCCGUAACCAUAGAGAGAGAAAGAGAGCAAUGCAGCUGCUCCCUUGAAUGCGCAUUCCAUCCCAACUAAAGUCUCCCUCUACCGAGUUGUGCCCGUGCACAUCAAUCCCUCUCUCCUUGUGGACUGCUUCGUUUCGUGAAGCAGGUAUGCGGCCCGUUGAGGUCGAUAGUUUCCUAUAUUUGUUGCUCUCUGCAUUCCUGUCCUCGGGAUCCUUCCAGUGAUGUCAACUCAUUCAGCGUCGUUCCGCCGCGUGCAGACCGAUUUUCCGACCCAAACAUCAAGUCCAUUGCGCCAUGGCUCAACGGCGUCAACAAACUCAUCCAUAUACUCUGUUUCUUCGGGAUCAUUUGCUCCUAGCCGCACCAGCACAGUCUCCUCGAAUGCUUCCAUGACCUCCGUAUCCGGGAUCGGCCAUAGGCGUGGCAAGAGCGAAGUAAACCCUCCAACUAUCCACGAAAACAUGACGAAAGGUGGCUCAGAGUGGUCCAACGCGGGCGCAACAUAUGAAAAUAUCCGUCGUUCGCUGCGACCGCUUCCUCAGGCUCCCAAUGCCUCUUCUCCUACAACGGUCAAAAAGGUCGCGUUUCGCCACUCGAGAAGCCAAACAAUCGACAAUCCUCAGCAUUGGAAAGAAAAUCGACCGCGCACUCCUGAAGCACGCUAUGCGCAGCAUCAAGAAGUCGAGCCUCUAAGGGAGAAGCAGUCGCCUAACAUUCACUCCCCUCCAACGCCCAGCUCGCCCCAUCAGCGCUCCCCUCAUACGCAGUCCGUUGUUAGGGCGCACCACUCUCAUAGCUUGUCAAGUCCACAAGCGCCGGCAUUAACAACGGCCCUCACAGCUCCAGACCUCGAAACAUUCCAGAAAUCUUCCACGGGACACCUUCGAACCCUGUCAAGAUUCGCCAAGUCCGGAGGAACCGAAGAAUUUAAGCUUGAUAGUUACACACCAUCCGUGGUAGGAUUAAAUGGGCGACGACGGCUCAAAAGAUCUGAUUCCGUAGCCGGAAAUCAGGUUUUGAAAGCGCAGAAAAAGCCUGCAUCGGCAUGGGCGGCUGGCAACUGGAUGGACAAGCAACGCCAGUUUUUGCAAGCCUACGAGUAUCUUUGCCAUAUCGGAGAAGCCAAAGAGUGGAUUGAAGAAGUUAUUCAACAACAAAUUCCACCCAUCGUGCAGCUCGAAGAAGCCCUACGGGAUGGAGUCACCCUAGGCGAGGUCGUCCAAGCAAUGUACCCAAGCCGAACAUUCCGAAUCUUUCGACACCCAAAGCUCCAGUAUCGACACUCAGAUAACAUCGCACUAUUCUUUCGAUUCUUGGACGAGGUGGAAUUACCCGAGCUCUUCAGAUUUGAGCUUAUCGAUCUGUAUGAGAAGAAGAACAUCCCCAAGGUCAUCCACUGCAUCCACGCCUUAUCAUGGUUGCUGUUUAAGAAAGGGCUCGUCGACUUCCGGAUGGGUAACCUUGUUGGUCAGCUGGAGUUUGAGCAUCACGAGCUUGAACAGACUCAAAAAGGUCUCGACAAGGCCGGAGUCAGUAUGCCCAGUUUCAGCGGCAUGGCUGCCAAUUUUGGGGCAGAACCAGAACCAGAGCCCGAACCGGAACCUGAGUCUGAGGAAGAUCGAAUCCAGCGAGAAUUACACGAGAAUGAAACCUCCAUCACGGAUUUUCAAUCUCAGAUCAGAGGCGCCAUACUACGACUGAAGCUAGGCAACCUCAUGAACGAUCUAUGGGAUUUUGAGCCGCUGUUGGUCGAACUUCAAUCACGUCUACGAGGAGACUGGACUCGCCAAAUUGUACAGUAUCGUUUGGACAUGCGUAUGUUUGCUGUCAAUCUGCAAGCCAUCUGCCGGGGCUUUAUUGUUCGCUCUCGUCAAAGGAAUACCAAACAAGACCACAAAGCUCUUGAAUAUGACAUUCUGCAGCUACAGAGCAUUAUAAGAGCCUCGAAAACAAGGUCCGAGGUCAACUAUCUGCAGAGCCAGAUGCAAAAACAUGAAUCUGGUAUUAAGCAGAUCCAAGCCGCUCUUCGAGGUGCACUCCAACGCAAAGCUGUCUAUGAUCUCUAUGAUGACAGCAAGGGCGCAGAAGACCAAAUCCGAUCUCUACAGGCUAGCAUCCGUGGUGCUCUGCAGCGUGCCCGGCUAUCAAAACAAUACGAGGCAACGAGAUCUGCUGAGAACAAUGUGGAAGGUCUCCAAGCCAUUAUUCGAGGCGCGAUGUUUCGCAAUCGAAUGAAUGCCCAACAUGAUGAGAUUGCCGAAUCUGGAAACGACGCGCAGCUUGUGCAGGCAGCGAUUCGUGGUAUGUUGUUACGUCAAGCCAUUGUACACCAGCAGGGGUUACUUGGCCAAGAGACUCCGGUAAUUACUUUCAUCCAGUCGUGUGCUCGGGCUAUGGCGGUCAGGAGCUCCCAGUCUGCGCUGAAGGAAUCUCUUGCUAAGGCAGAAAGUCGAUUCAUGACUAUGCAAUCUAUGAUUCGUGGUGCUGCCGUGAGAGACAGACUUGAACAAGUACGCAAGGAACUAGCGCAGCACGUCCCUUCAUUCAUCAUGAUUCAAAGCUUGGCCCGCGCUAAGGCUGUACGGUCAUUUGUGCAGUCUCAAAGAGCAGCACUAGCCAAUGAAAGCGAAUCAAUUCUUGAACUCCAGAGUAGAGCCCGAGCGGUUAUUCUGAGAAGGAGGCUGGACGAAGACACAGCCGUCCUACGACAGCAAGAAUCAGUUAUCACAGAUCUCCAGGCUCUCAGCCGCGCCGCUAUUUUGAGAAUCCACGUCGGUGGGAUACUAGAAGACCUCGACGAUUGCGAUGAUGAAAUUUGUGAACUCCAAGGGCACAUCAGAGCUAUGCUCGUUCGAGUAGAGGUCGGCCAGACACUCGCUGAGCUUGCAGCUGAAGAUGACAUCGUCACCGAGCUUCAGGCUUUCAUCAGAGGACACAUGGUUAGAGCUAAGUUCGAGGAGAAGCGACGUUACUACAAUGAGAACAUGGAGAAGGUGAUCAAAGCUCAGAGCUUCGUUCGCGGCAGAAUCCAGGGUCAAGCUUAUAAAAGCCUUACUACCGGCAAGAACCCUCCGGUUGGAACCGUGAAAGGAUUUGUGCACCUUUUGAACGACAGCGAAUUUGACUUCGAUGAGGAAGUCGAGUUUGAACGGACAAGAAAAUCGGUGGUCCAGCAGGUUCGGCAAAAUGAACUCGCCGAACAAUACAUCAGUCAACUCGACAUUAAGAUUGCUCUUCUGGUGAAAAAUAAGAUCACGCUAGAUGAAGUUAUCAAGCACCAAAAACACUUUGGCGGCCAUGUGGGAAAUCUUCUGCCGAAUACGGAGAUAUCGUCAAAAGAUCCGUUCGACCUGAAGGCUUUAAAUAAGACUUCCAGAAGAAAACUAGAGCACUAUCAGGUUCUCUUUUUCCUCCUGCAGACGCAGUCACAAUAUCUCGCCAAGCUUUUCCGAAGGCUGCGCGAGGUGAACGCUCCAGAAAAAGAGUAUGAGAGGAUUCGACACUUGAUGAUGGGUCUCUUUGGCUAUUCUCAGAAAAGGCGCGAGGAGUACUACCUCAUUAAGCUUCUCGCUCGUUCUGCACGCGAAGAGAUCGAGAGCUUCGAUUCCCUGCACGAGUAUCUACGUUGCAACUCGUUCUGGAAUAAACUUUUCGCGUCCUACAUUAAGUCUCCAAGGGAUCGGAAGUUUAUGCGCGACGUUCUCAAUACGGUGGUGAAGGAGAACGUUAUUGACAACCCGGAGCUUGACCUGGAGAGUGACCCUAUCCAAAUUUACCGCUCUGCUAUCAACAAUGAAGAGCUGCGCACUGGAAAGCGAAGCAGACGCCGACUAGAUAUCCCGAGAGAGGAAGCUAUCCGUGAUCCUGAGACCCGGGGGACUUUCAUUCAAAAUUUACAAGAUCUCAGAGAUAUUGCUGACCAGUUUUUCUCUGCGAUGGAAGAGCUUCUUUACCGCAUGCCCUUUGGGAUCCGCUUUAUCGCUCAGCAGAUGUACGAAAGUCUGCUUGCCCGAUUUCCUGGGGAGGAUCCCGGAUUUAUUCUCCAAACUGUGGGCCAUUGGGUGUGGAAGAACUACUUCCAGCCUGCGAUCAUGGAACCCGAAAAGUACGGAGUAGUAGACAGGGGCUUGACCCAGGAACAAAAACGAAACCUGUCGGAGAUUGCAAAAGUGAUCGCUCAGGUAGCAUCCGGGCGGCUGUUUGGCGCAGAAAAUGUAUAUCUCCAACCCCUGAAUACCUACAUCGGAGAGUCUAUUCAACGCCUGGGUCAGAUUUGGGGCGAAAUGAUCUCUGUCCAGGAUGCCGAAGCUCAUUUUGACAUCGAUGAGUUCAAUGAUCUCUAUGCCAAAACGAAGCCGACUCUAUACAUCAAGAUGUCCGAUAUAUUCUCUAUUCACCAACUCGUUGCUUCAAACAUCAACUUCAUUUGCCCGAAUCCAGAUGAUAUUCUGAAGGAGGUCAUUCGUGACCUGGGUAAUGUCAAAUCGAACGAGAACGAGCUGAUGAGUGUUAAUUCUUCCGAAAUUAACCUCACUCUGAACCCCAAGCUUGCUCAAGUAGAAGAUCCAGAAGCAAAUGUCAAAGCUUUGUUCAUGGAAACAAAGAGAUGUGUCCUCUACAUUAUCCGCGUACAAUCCGGUGCCAAUUUGAUGGAGAUCAUGGUUACGCCUCCCAUGGAGGAAGACGAGGAAAAAUGGAUGUCCUUUGUGCGUGAUGAAUUGAGUACCAAUAACACGCAACGAAGUGCAUACUCCGAGGCCAAUUCCUUAGUGGACAUAGCAUCCAUGAGCUACUCAGAACUGAAGCGUACGGCACUGGAGAAUAUCCUGCAGCUCGAAAGAACUGGAAAGAUUUCUCGCCACAAUCACUACCAGGAUCUCUUGAACGCUAUCGCAAUUGAUAUACGAACAAAGCACCGUCGCAGAAUCCAGCGCCAGCGAGAACUAGAGAGUGCCCGGCAGACACUAGGACGCCUCAAUGACCAAGCUGGAUGGUUGGAUCAGCAGCUCAAGACAUACAAUGACUACAUUGAGCAAGCAAUGAUCACGUUACAAAACAAGAAGGGAAAGAAGAGGUUCCUGAUGCCAUUUACCAAGCAAUGGGACCAUCAACGCGAGCUCCAAAAAUCCGGCAAAGUGUUCAAGUUUGGCUCGUACAAAUACUCGGCGCGCAACCUGGCAGACAAAGGUGUACUAGUCUAUUGGAAGGGGUACACAGAGCGCCAGUGGGAUCGAGUCGACCUGACCAUUUCGAGUAAUGAAGUCGGAGUCUUCACCCUUGAUGGAAGCAGUGGCCCGAUGAUGGUUCCCGGAGCCAACGCCCAGGUUCCAUUAGAUGACUUGCUACAAGCUCAGUUCAACAACAUGCAGUUCCUCGACUUUUUCGAAGGAAGCCUACGAGUCAAUGUCAACCUAUUCCUGCAUCUAAUCAUGAGGAAGUUCUACAAUGAAUGAUUGACCGUCACUCGGUGUUCUGGUUUAGGGUUGGUGAGGUUUUCUACUCUUUUUGCUGCAUAAUGUUUCUUUCAUAUUUCCCUAUUUCCCUAUUUCUCUGAUUUAUUUAUUAUGAUAUCCCCCCAUUUUCCUUCAUGAUAUAUCACGAAGCCAAAAGCACCCCUCCUACAUGGUGGCCCAAGCAGCACAUGCUCAGAGUCAUCUCUAGCAAAUUUCUCGCUCUUUGAUUUUUCUAUUUUAUUUGGCUUCCUCUCUUUAUUUCUUUCUGUUUCUUUUUCGCUUGUUUGUGUUAGCGACCAACCCUCCCUACUUGUGAUUUCGUUUCUCUGCAUGCUGGCCAUAUAGUUACUUUGUUACUUUGAUAUGAUUACCCUACCCUUCUCCCUACCCACUUCAAUUCGCCCUCGAUUCCCCUUUUAUUUCUUUGUGAUGAUUUAGAUGAAACAAUGUAUGUAUGCACGUGUACGUAUUAAUUAAGAAUGGCAUAUUAUA